AACAAUAAAUUUUGUAAUACACAUAAAUUCAUUCACAUUUUGUAAAAGUUUGAUUUUCUUAUGAUAGAAACAAAAUAAAUUUUCAUAAACAUUGUCUAUUACCUUCCGUAUUUUUAUAACCUAGUUAUAUUUGUCAUUUAUUCUGAUGCCAUUGUCUGGUGAUAACAAUAGAUUAUCUUCGCAUGUAAAUUGGAACUUCACAGCUCUUAUCUUUGCUGGUAUGUUUCCUGUGUAAUGACUCAAAAUUGAGUUUGAGAAUUAAUGUCGUAAAUCUGCAAAAAUUGUUUAUGUAUUAUAGUGAUAGGAGUGCUUUCGAAUUUGGUCUUUAGUAAGAUUUCUGCAAUUCCUAAAUUCAUACGGAUUUGAAAAUUUGUGGUCAUAUGUUCUCCGCAUGAUAACGUUGCAAUAGAUAAGAGUGUAAUAUGAACCUGUGUUUUAAACCAAGAGGAAUUUAUUAUCAAUAGUUGAUGAUGAAUAGCAAGAGAUGAUCAAGUAAUUGUUCGAGAUUUGUCUGCUUUUUGUCUCAUUACCGAUUUACUAAAAUGGCUACACUUUGGAAGAUUUUAACUCGACGAAAAGCAAUUGAUUCCGAUACUGGCAGUGAAACACCCCUUGCUAGAGUUUUGAAUACUUUUGAUCUUACAGCAUUAGGUGUAGGAAGUACUCUUGGGGUUGGGGUGUAUGUGCUUGCAGGUAAAGUGGCUAGUGAUACUGCUGGACCUGCAGUUAUUAUUUCCUUUCUGAUUGCUGCUAUUGCCUCAGUGUUUGCAGGUUUAUGUUAUGCAGAAUUUGGUGCAAGAACACCAAGAGCUGGUUCUGCUUACAUAUACAGUUAUGUAUGCGUUGGAGAAUUAAUUGCAUUUAUUAUUGGUUGGAAUUUAAUUUUGGAAUACAUAAUAGGAUCUGCUAGUGUAGCAAAAGGUAUGAGUGGCUAUGUGAACAAUCUUUGUAAUGGAACAUUGAAUAAUACAUUCAGAGAUUGGGCACCUAUAGAUGUGCCUUAUUUGUCUUCAUUUUUCGAUUUUUUUGCAUUCAGCGUUCCCAUCAUUCUGUCAAUUGCCUUAGCUUUUGGCAUGAAGGAAAGUAGUUUGCUGAAUAAUAUCUUCACCACUUGCAAUAUAGCAGUUGUUUUGUUUGUAAUUGUAGCUGGUGCGAUGAAUGCUCAUUGGAGUAACUGGAACAUCAAUCCCAAUGAUGUGAGGAACGUAUCUAAUACAACAAACCUAGGACAAGGAGGUUUUUUCCCAUUCGGGAUACAGGGUGUUAUAAAAGGUGCUGCAACUUGUUUUUACGGUUUUGUGGGAUUUGAUUGUAUUGCAACAACAGGAGAAGAAGUGAAAAAUCCCAAGAGAGCUAUUCCCAUAGCCAUUAUUGCAUCAUUACUUAUUAUAUUCUUGGCUUAUUUUGGGACAUCUACAGUGUUGACACUUAUGGUGCCGUAUUAUGAACAAAACGCCAAUGCUCCCAUUCCAUUUGCAUUUCAAAGAGUCCAUUGGUAUACUGCAGCUUACAUUGUGACUUUUGGAGCAAUUUUUGGACUUUAUGCUAGUUUAUUUGGAGCUAUGUUUCCUUUGCCGAGGAUAUUAUACGCAAUGGCAUCUGAUGGUUUGAUUUUCAAAUUUUUAGGAAGGGUUGAUCAAACAUUCAAAACACCAGUGAUUGGAACAUUGAUUGCCGGUUUAUUCACAGGUUCCAUGGCCGCAUUGUUUGAACUUGAUUCUUUGGUAAACAUGAUGUCAAUAGGAACUCUCUUGGCUUAUACGAUAGUGGCGGCUUCAGUGCUUUUACUGAGGUAUUCUGUGGACGAACAGGGUUAUAUGCCCAUUCCUGGUUCAACUGAUUAUGAUAGAUACGUGGACGAGGACAAUUCGGGACCUAUAAAUGCCAGUGAAGAAACAGCUUUGACUGAAUCUACCGAAGAAAAUAGAUCUGUGAUGAAGCAAAUAUUCAACUUCGGAAAUUAUCAGACUCCAAACAAAACAUCUCAGACCGUUGUUACUAUUGAUAUUUGUUUGUUCUGUAUACUUUGUUUUCUACUGGCCCUAUGUGCAUUAUAUCUCGAUAAUGCCAUUGUCAAUUUAGAAGUGAUUCCUUUGACCCUAGUGACUGUGAUAUUGACUUUUAUGGCUCUAACGAUAGUAUCAAUUGCAAGUCAACCAGUAUCAAGGACGAUUUUGUCAUUCCAGGUUCCUUGGGUACCAUUGAUACCUGCUCUCAGUAUUUUCUGUAAUAUUUAUCUUAUGGUAAUGUUGGAUAUAGCUACAUGGAUACGGUUUGCCGUAUGGAUGAUAUUGGGUGUUCCCAUUCUUUAUAUCUCCAGAAGAUGCUUAUACAAUAUUGAAGAAAAAGUUCCAAGGGUGACACCUAUACAAAGUUAUGAAAAUGGCGGGUUUUAUGAUGAUAACUUAGUUUAUUCAGAUGGAAAUGGCGCAAUCCAAGAAACCUUAGUUAUUACCGAUCAAAAAAUUCCUUCCUUGAAAAUUGUUGAAAAUUCUAAUGAAUCAAAUGUUCAGACACCUAGUCCGAGUAGGAUUAUAGAAUCUUUGGACUUUGUUAUAGAAAGCUUUGAAGAUGAUCCUAUCACACCAAAUGUCAUGUCUGCUUCAGAUCCACCCCCAGCUUUAGUGUUGUCCAAUAAGCCUCUUAACGGUGAUUUUAGGGAUACCCCCAAUAGUGCUUUACGCUCUGAACUUUUGAAUAGUUUGAAGGCCAAUAUUGAUUUACUAAAUCCUCAGGAUUCAGAGAAUAACCAAAUUGAGUUAUGCUCCCCUGGAGAUUCUAAUUUAAUUCCUGAUAACGUAGUAUCAGUUGAAGAAGUCGAAAAUGACAACAAAGGAACCGAUCAACAAGAAAUAGAACCAAAAUCUUCUUCAAGCAGCGAAAUAUCUUUCGUUAGUGCAUGUUCCGUAAUUGACACAGGUCCAAAUAAAACUUCAGAUUUGGACCAAGUCAGCAAUGAUAUAUGUAAUCCUGCACCAAUAUCAAUAAUACCUCCACCCCCACCUCCUCCUCCGCCUAUGGAGAACUUCACUCAUUUUACAACAAAAAACAUUGUCCCAAAUCCUAGUCCUAAUACUCAAAAAAAUGGAUCAUUCACUCUUGAGAGACAAAAAGCUAAACAACGAGAAUCACCAAUGAUAAUCAACAAGAAUUCCCUCAAUUCUGUUAAAUUGAGGCAUGUUCAUAGACCUAGUAUUGAACAAAUUAAUUUAGAGGAUCAAGGACUCAAUGAUCCUCAGAAAGACGAAAAUGUAAAAAGUACCAAUGAAUUUUACUCAAAUAAUGUAAGUCCUACUUUGAAAAAUGAAGAAAAUAAACCAGUAACUGAUGUUGAAAAUCUCCCUCCUCUGGUGAAAUUGAGACACGUUAAAAGACCUAGUUUGGAAGAUAAAGAUGUCAAAGAAAAUAUAAGUAAGUCUGAACAAGAUUCAGAAAUUCCCAAGCCAAGGUACAUGAAAAGCAAAUCAGUUAACCUUGGAAAAAAAUCUAACAAUGAGCCUUUGAGUAAUAACCAAAAGAAAAUGGAAAUAUCCAAAGAUGCUAUUAAUUCUGUAAAACUAAGACCUGUUGUACGUCCAUCUUUACCACUGAACCAAGAACCUCCACUAGACUUACCUGAUUCUGUUAAAUUUGGGACGGCAGAAUUUGAAGAAUUCAAAGGCAAAUUGAAUGAAACAUUAAAAAAACCAGUUAAAAUCCUGAGGGAGCCUUCCUUCAUAGAUCCCAAAAAUGCGUCUAAUAAACCUGAAAUGAGAUUCAGUAGAGAAAAUGUUAUUGAUGAUAGUUUAGAUUUAGAUAAAGCUAAAAUUAUCAUAGAAAAUGAAAUUAGUUCCAAAUUGAACAUAUUGAAGAACAUGAAAGAAUCUGAACCUUCAAAAAUUAGCAAUAGGGAAGAAGAUUCAAAAUUGAAUGCCGACCAAACAAAUAAAAACGAUUGAAGAUACACAUAACAAUAUUGAAAAAACUCAUCCCAAAGCAAUCAUAUAUCAUAAAAUGUCCAUUAAUGACUUGUAAACCUUAUUAAUUCUCGUAUACACUUACACGGUGUGUUCACCUGAGCCAUACAAAAAUAAAGGAUAAAUAUAGGUUUUUCAUUGUAUGCCUUCUACGGACUUCCUAACAGUUUUGAUGACUAUAAUAGACAAUAUGAAAGAUUAAAUUAAUCUCAUUUCAUAAAUUGAAAGUAUUAAACCGCAGGCAGAAAAGUAUUGGAGAUUUUAUAUCAAAAUAUGUGAUUGAAGAAAUAUUUGUAUAUAGUUAUUUUAUAUAAUGAAAAUUUUUAACUACAAUUGUUAUACUAGGAAAAUAUUGAAAUAGAUAUUUGUAUGACCAUC